AUGUGGAAGCCGUCGGAGCGCCUGAUGGAAACCAUCCGGCACUAUGCCAGCUUCCCCGCAACCGGGGUUUCGCUGAGGCAGAUGGUCCAGUUUGGUGACCGACCCUCGACCGGCACAUUGUUCCGCGCCUCGCAAUUUCUCUCCGAGGAGCUCCCCAUCCGCCUCGCGCACCGAGUCCAGGACCUGGGCGAACUGCCCGAUGGCCUCAGUGAGAUGCCCUCCAUCAAGAAAGUUCAGGAUUGGUAUGCGCAAUCAUUUGAGGAAAUCAUCACCUUGCCUCGUCCCUCGCUGACGCAAGAGGUCAAAACACGCCUCUUGCGACCGGGUCGCAUGCACAGCGGGACCUCCAAGAUUCUCUCUGAGGCGACCCAGAACCCGAGUGUCAAGGAGGGUCAGUAUCGCUCCUCGCCCACCACCAAUGGCAACGGAAACGGCAAGUCCGCCGCUGCCGCCGCCGCCGCCGGUCGGCGAUAUUUCUUCCCUGCCGACGACCAUGCCGACUGGCCUCCCGAACUCAAUGAUUACAACCAACGAUUCGCCAAGACCUUGGAACAGAUCAAACGCCGUCACGAUAGCGUCGUGACGACCGUCGCCCAGGGCAUCCUGGAAUGGAAACGGGUGCGCCAACGGAUGCAAAUUGAUUCCACGAUCCAGUCUUUUCUCGAUCGGUUCUACAUGUCUCGGAUUGGUAUACGAAUGCUCAUCGGUCAACACAUCGCUCUCACGGAACAAACUCACGUCAAACAUCCCAACUACGUCGGUAUCAUCUGCACCAAGACCAAUGUCCGCGACAUCGCCUUGGAAGCAAUCGACAAUGCCCGCUUUGUGUGUGAGGAUUACUACGGCCUGUUUGAGGCGCCCAAGGUGCAGCUGGUCUGCAAGGACGAUUUGAACUUCAUGUACGUGCCGGGUCACUUGUCGCACAUGCUCUUCGAGACUCUCAAGAACUCGCUGCGUGCGGUGGUGGAGCAGCACGGCGCCGAUCGCGAACAAUUCCCUGUGACCAAAGUCAUUGUGGCCGAGGGCAAAGAGGACAUUACCAUCAAAAUCACCGAUGAGGGUGGUGGUAUUCCUCGGUCGGCAAUCCCCCUGGUGUGGACGUACAUGUACACAACUGUCGAACAGACCCCCAAUCUAGACCCGGACUUCGACAAGAGCGACUUCAAGGCCCCCAUGGCUGGUUUCGGUUAUGGAUUGCCAAUCAGUCGGCUGUAUGCCCGCUACUUUGGAGGUGACUUGAAGUUGAUCAGUAUGGAAGGAGACGGCCGGGUUCGGUUUACCACCUCGCACCGCCUGCAUCCCUUCUAUAUCGAACCGAAACGCAAACCCGCGCCAUCUCGAGGACUGACGCCUAUGAACGCCCAGGCUCUGCGUGCUCGCAUCCGCAGCCGCGAAGUCUCAGAGCGUAAGCAGGUGGGAGACGCCGAGAGUCUUUUCAACUCGGAACAAUGGCAGAACGAAGACGAUGAGAUGUGA